AUCCCGCAGCGAGAGGCCGGACUCUGCGGUCCUGCAGCCUGCCGCCCCGCCGCGCCACAUGGACACUGACUGCACAGCCCCAGGAAACGGGGAAUGUUGAGGAGAGGAGGUGGACCGUCCUCCUCUGCCGCCUGGAUAUAUAUAUAUAUAUAUAUAUAUAUAUAUAUAUAUUUAUAUGAACCCGCACAACACCGGCGGCUCCCGACAACGCAGAGUCAUCGCGCAGAGAUGACGAGGGCGACGGAAAGUAUCAACGCCGGUCUGCGUCAAACCUCUCGCCGCUUCGGGAGAUGAUGCGCCCGGAGCCUCCUAAAGGACUUUCUGGGUUUGUUAGUGUUUGCCUGUGAAUAUACCCCCUUCCUGCAGAGAGGGGGUGGGGGGUCCAUGUCAGUAUCUCGGGGUAAACACCCAGCAGGGACAGUGAUGGCCACACCACCUCCAGCCGCCCAGUCACUCUCAGCAUCUGCAUUGUGAGGAGAACCUCGUCCGGAGGAGAGUGCGCUCGCCAAGGAAUAUGCAGAGAUAAGAAAAACAACAGGUUCCUGUUGUUGCAUCCCAACCCGGCCACGGUUGGAUUACAAGGUGUUGCUGUUGUUUCUGUUGUUUGCCAACAUGAACUCGCUGUUUUUCCCCGACACUGCGCCCGGCCCCGCGUGCAACGUCCCCGGCGGCUCGGGCGCGGUGACCAGCGCGCUGCGCAACGACCUGGGCUCCAACAUCCAUGUGCUGAAAACCCUCAACCUGCGCUUCCGCUGCUUCCUCGCCAAGGUGCACGAGCUGGAGAGGAGGAACAAGGUGCUGGAGGGGCAGCUGCAGCAGGCCCUGCAGCGGGCGCACUACCGGCACCUCUACACCCGCGAGGUCGCGGUGCAGACGGACGGUCCCGAGUCGCGGCUGCCGGGCACCAUCUGGAGCUACACGCACGUCCGGAGGCAGGGCGAGCGCGUCGAGACCCUGCGCGGGCCCGGGGUGUCGUGGACGCACCCGGACGGAGUCGGGGUCCAAAUAGACACCAUCACCCCCGAGCUGAGGGCUCUGUACAACGUGCUGGCCAAAGUCAAGCGGGAGAGGGACGAGUACAGGAAAAAAUGGGAGGAGGAGGUGUCCAAACGGGAGCAGCUGGAGUCCUCGGUGGAGUCCCUGCAGCAGAGUGCCCAGGAGUCAACGGAGAUCCAGGAUGAGCUGAGCGAGAAGGUGGACAGACUGCAGGCUGAAGUCGUGGUCUUCAAGAGCCUGAUGAGUGACCAAAUGACUGACCUGGACUCCAAGAUUCAAGAGAAAGCCCGACGGGUGGACAUGGACAUCUGCAGGCGGAUCGACAUCACGGCCAAAUUGUGCGACGUGGCUCAGCAACGCAACUCAGAGGACAUGUCAAAGAUGUUCAGUCCAGCCAGGUCGCUCCCAGAGAAGGGUGCCAUGGCCUGCUGCAGACGGAAAGAGCGUAAAGUGAUGUCUGAUGAGGAGAGUUCAGAAAUGGACGCCGAGCCCAGCCUUUCAGAGGAGGAGGAGGUCCCCGGGUCACUCAACAUCACGGAUGAAAUGAAACGCAUGCUCAACCAGCUACAUUGUUCAGAUAACUCCUUUGUUGCCAGGCGCGAGACAUUCGAAAUCGACGACGACUGCGACAGUCUGACGUGGGAGGAAAACGAGGAGACUCUGCUGCUGUGGGAGGACUUCACUAACUACAACGUGCCGUGCGCCAUCACGGCUGCGAACGGCGCGACGAACGGCGCGUCUAGCGGCGCGUCUAACGGCAACGGGGAAGCCACUGAUCCAGACUCCCAGGAUGGAAGUCUUGGCAGCCUCAUUGAUGAAACAGAGUCACUAUUUAAGACCAGAGAGCAGGAGUACCAGGAGACGAUCGGCCAGAUCGAGUUGGAAUUGGCCACAGCGAAGAGCGACAUGAACCGACAUCUGCACGAGUACAUGGAGAUGUGCAGCAUGAAGAGGGGCCUGGACGUGCAGAUGGAGACCUGUCGACGGAUGAUUAAAGGCGGCAGGAACUCUCCCUCUAUCAGCUCAGUGGCCAGCAGCGACUCAGGGAACACAGACGAGAUCCAGGACGAGAUCUCGGACAAGGACGCGGAGGCCGAAGUCUCCGUCAGUUGUCCCGUCUCCUCCUGACCAUUGCUCGUCGUCACAGGAGGUUAAAUGUGUAUGGAGGUCCGCCCCUGUCGAAGGUGGGCCAACUUAUAUCUGGGCCUGUUCGACCUGAUAACGUUCCGAGAGUCAUGCUCACUGACGCAGGCCCAGAACUGGUGCUUUUAUACGAUUUUCAGUCGAAAGUGGUUGGUCGGGGGAGCGUCUUUGCUUUACUAAGAGAAAAAGGGUGCAUAUUCUGUAGAGUCCGAGCUGUGCUUUCUUCCUCACUGCUGCCUCGCUGGAUUCUUGUCCAGAGCUUCACAUCAUUUUUGGGGGAGAGAUGAAAAAAUUAAUUCUCAAAUGUUUUAAACUGGCUGAGAAGUAUUUUCUACAAAUUCUUACCCUAUUAAUGUCCUUUUUUUCUAAAGGAAUUGAAAAUGGUACAUAUUGUGCUUCUUGUUCGGUGAACAACAAAUACAUUAUUCACACACACACACACACACACACACACACAACAUACCCACCUAUCUUUUAAAUGUUAAUAUUCAUUGUAGAUCGCAGGAUGUCUGUUCCCCUCGAUUGGAAUACUGUUUUGUUUUUGUUCUCAUUUAAGUCCUGGUCGGGUGAUUUGCAAUCCUGAGUGUCUCCUGCCAAGGCGGCAAAACCCAGUAGUGGAGACCAAUGGUGUUGGAGUGCUGUUGGUUUCUGAGGGAACUCUGCAGGUUUGCCAAAAGUUGACAGAGCACAGCCUUUUGAUGCAUCAGUGCACUACUAAAGUUCUAUGCAAUUUAGCUGGCCUUAUACUUCGGACUGGCUUUCACCCUUCGUCAUUUCACUUCAAACCAAUAAGAUUAGCCUUUUCAGCAAAGCAGGUGUUUUUCUAUGUAUCAUUUUGACGAGUUGUUUUUUUUGUGCAUUUGAGUUUGGAAAAAAAAUGUUAAUGUAAAAUAUUUGUUGUUGUGUUUUUCAUGGACAUCAACAGUAAAAACUGGAACAGCGCCCCCUGAACAAGGGACUAACAAUCACGACAACAAUAUACAGAUGCUACUUGCGAGCAUGUUUUAGAUGUUCUUUACAGGGGAAACAUUGUUCUCAUCUUUUGCCGUUUGUUUUGAGCAGAACACGUCUAAGAAUCAUCGUCAUCGUAAAUGGCUGAUCAGUUUUGUAUGAGAGAAUUGAAGAUGUCGAACCGAAACAAGGCUCUUGAGAAAAACCAAAGGACACAUAUUUUCCCUUUCACACAAUCAUAAUUACUAUUCAUUGCACUUUGUUUAUGUGUAGUGUUUUCAUUUCCUGCUGUCCUGCAGGGGACUCUGUUCCAGACAAGUGGCACAUCCUGCUUUGUCUCUUCUGAGUCGGGGCUUGACUGUGGUGUCAGACUGUACAUAGAGAGCUGUAGGCAUGUGAUCGUAUACCCCAGAGGCCUUUUUUUGUUCAUAUUAGUCUUUUGAAACAGUUUGAGAUGUCUCAAGUUUUUGCUUUCCGGUGCUUCCACUGGAUUAGCUCAGAAACUGAUCGACGCAUGGGGGAACAGAAGUGAACUUUUUUUAAACCACCUCUUUGUAUUAUAAUGUAAGUACAGUUUUCUGGAUCAAAGAUUAAGUGCUACUUCUAUCUUGAAGAUUUACAGAAGCAGAAUGUCAAAACACAGGCCUUUUGUUAUUUCAGCAUGUUUCUUUGGAGAUAAGAAGCUAUGGGUCUUUCUUUUGUUUUAGUAAAUAGCUGCAAUGCAGACUGUGCGCUACGUUUCUUAAUCAAAACAAUGUCUAUCCUAAUCAUUGAUUAAUUUGUGGCAGAAAAUGUAUUUUUCACUGUUUUUAAUCACUGUGUUAACCAAAAAGUGUGUUAAUGUCGCCAUAUUCAGCUUUUAUUAUAUUUUCAGGAAUAGUAAACCGGUUCCAGAUGUUUUAAUCGUUUAAUGGCCAUAGAUGAUCACCCAUGAUAAAAAAAACGAAUUGAUUAUAUCAGUCAAGAAUGAGGAACGGUCUUACUCAUAGAAAACGUCAUGUGUAUUUUUGUCUUUAGUUGAUGUAAAACCAGUCUGACGACUAACAAAGAGCCAUUCUGUUGUUGCAACUGUACUUUUCAGCGGUGACAUCAAACAUUUAUUGAUUGUAUGUCUGUAACAUCCGCAAAUAGCAGGUCUCACACUAAACUCUUUCACAUCACACUAACCAGCCAACCAAAGCAAAUGUGUACAGUAACAAACGACAAAGAUGUAAAUCAAGCUAUGAAUCCUAAUAACUCUGGAAAAAAAAUGUGCAAUCUCAGUAUUUUAAAGGGCCUGUCACACACGAAAGUGUUAGCUUGCAGACUUCUAUGAUUUUGAAAUAUCUAUUGUUUUCCAGAAUCAUUAAUUCAUUUAAAACUAUCAAACGUUUAGUGCAUCAUCUCUACUCUCCCAUCACUUGAAGCAGGUCAAAUCCCAGUUAUAUUGGUUUUAAAAAUACUUUAGAAGGCCUCCUUGUUGAAUGUAGCUUCAUUGGAGGCUUCCUCCAAAAACUUUACAAGUAAAUGCUGAGCAAAAAAAACACGUAGCAGUUUAAAUCCAGGGAUAUAUGGUGUGCUGUUACUUCAUGGAGACCUUGGUAUGUUUUGCUUUACUUAACGGGUUCGUACCUGACCAACUAACCAGUAUGUGACCUAGGCGUAUGUAAAUUAGGUCCUGGUGGAUGUGAAUGUUUCAUACUAAAAUGGUUUUAUACAAGUGGGUUUUAUCAGUGUUGCACUUGGAUUAUAUGGUUGUGUAUUGACUUAUGGUUUUACAUGUUCAUUUGCAUACCUGUUUGCCAUCUUUAUCGCCUUGACUUUUGAUUCCAUAAACAUGACGGGAAGGUUGGGGGGGAAAAAAAAAAAAAAGGUGCAGCAAUACUCGUGGCCAUAUUUGGGUAAAAUCUACUGCAGUGUAUCAGAAACUGGUCUCUUGUGUCACAGGUACCAUCCUGUUGAUCCUUUUAAAUGGUUGGUUAAUUUAAUUGCUUUUCUUUCUGUUUUGUUUAAACUAUUGUGUUCAGGUGGGUCGGGGGACAGAUUGUAUUAAAUUUAUGAAUGUACUCAGUUGAUAUUGGGAUAAAACGAAAUAAAAUGGUGGAUUGGGAUAAAAAUCAA